AUGGUCAACACGGACAUCAAAUCCCUGGAGCCUUCCGUACAGGGUGCUGAGAUAGUUCAAAUUGGCGCCAGGUCGACUCACGGCUGGGGCGCCGGCGGCGACUCAAAGAUGGGCGAGAAGGCUGCCGAGGAGUCGGAGGCCGAUCUCCGCGCCGCUCUGAAGAACGCCGAGUUGGUGUUCAUUACGUCCGGCAUGGGCGGCGGCACCGGCACGGGGGCUUCGCCUCAUGUAGCCUCCAUAGCCAAGGACAUGGGCGCCCUGGUGGUGGGUGUUGUUACAACACCCUUCAGCUUUGAGGGGAGUCGCAGAAUCGGCCAGGCAAUGAACGGAGUAGCCCGCCUUCGGCCCUACCUGGACAACCUGAUUGUCAUCCACAACGAUAGGCUCCUCAAGUACGUCGACCACGAUGCCGAGAUGGUGGAGGCCUUCAGGACUGCUGACGACGUGGUAACUCAGGGCAUCCUGAGCGUCUCUGAGCUCAUCAACGUCCCGGGCGAGAUCAAUGUGGACUUCGCGGACGUAAGGACCGUCAUGGGCUUUCCGGGAGCGGCGCUCAUGGCCAUCGGCCAGGGCCGAGGCAAGAUGGGUGUAGUGGAUGCAGCGCGGCAGGCUAUGGCCAACCCGCUGCUGAACAUGUCCAUCAAGGGCGCUCAGGGAGUUCUCUUUUCGGUCAAGGGUGGCCAUAGCCUGACCCUGGGUGGGGUCAACGCAGCAGGCGACCUGAUAGCAAGACGGUGA